AUGCCAGAGGUUCACAUGCCCGAAAAACCCGAAGUCAUGCACAAUGAAACUUCUCAAAACAAAAGAAAAGCUAGCUCUCAAGAAGCUCGAUUGGAACCUUAUUCCGCUUCAAGUCUUGGUGUCCUGUAUCUUGUCUCCUACAUUGACCGUGGUAAUGUCGGGAAUGCAUAUACAGCGGGAAUGGGUAAGGCAUGGGGGAUCACGUCUGAUCAGUAUUCAUGGAUCGUCACUAUCCUCUACAUUGGAUAUAUUGUGUUCCACUGGUUGAUCCUCGUUUGGACCUUCGUUCCACUGCCUCUUUGGACUGCCCUGAUGGCACUAGGUUGGGGCUCCAUGAGUAUGAUACAGGCUGCUACAACAAGCUUUGAGGGUAUUAUGGCCUUGCGAUUCCUCAUUGGCGCAUUUGAAGCUGGCUAUGUGCCUGCCGUUGCCCUUUAUCUGACCUUUUUCUAUCAUCGACAAGAGAUGGGUCUCCGAUACGGAUUGUUCAUUUCAUUCUCGCCUCUCGCCAGUUGCUUUGCUUCUGCACUUGCGUAUGGUUUGACACAUGCGAAGACUUCCAUAGAAAAUUGGCAGUUACUUUUCCUCGUUGAGGGUGCUCCCACCAUCUUCCUUGCUGUCGUCGCCUACUUCUAUUUGCCAGCUGCGCCGUCCAUGUGCAGAUUUCUCACUGCACGCGAGAACGAAAUUAUCAGCCAACGAGCUAUUAAAGGCAGAGGAGAGAAGCGCGACGGCAAACUUCACUUCAAGCAAGUAUUUGCGGCUUUCUACGACUACAAGAACUACCUACAGGCCAUGAUCAUAUUCUGUCUUAAUACUGCCUUCGGCUCACUACCUGCCUACCUUCCUACGAUCCUUACGUCCAUGGGUUACACUUCCAUAAAUGCCCAAGGUCUCUCGGCUUGUCCAUACCUUACCGCAUACGUCAUUUGCGUAUCUGCCAGCUUCCUAUCAGAUAAGCUCAGAAUGCGCGGUCCAUUGAUCGUCUUCUUCUGCUCUGCUGGCGCUGUUGGCUACAUCCUCCUCGCCACAAUCCAUACUACAGGGGUUCGAUACUUCGCAACCUUCUUGGUCUGCGCUGGAGUUUUCCCUGCUGUCGCCCUGACUUUCACCUGGGUGACUGACAAUCAAGGAUCAGCAUCCAAGAGAGGUGCCGGCCUAGCCAUCUUCGGCAUGUUUGGACAGUGCGGGCCCAUUCUAGGAGCACGCUUAUUCCCCAAAAAGGACGGGCCGUGGUAUUCGAAGGGCAUGUGGGUUUGCGCCGGAAUUCUCUUCGCUGCCGCAGGAGUUGCUUGUAUCUUGAGCCUCUGCUUAAGAAUGCAGAACAAGCGCCGCGAUCGCAAACAUGGAAAGAGCGAUCUGGAUUACGUACCAGCAGAGGUUCAUGAUCUUGGUGAUGCACACCCAAUGUACCGCUACGUGCUUUGA